AUGUUGGGCUGGGUCCAGAGGGUGCUGCCUCAGCCCCCAGGGACUCGUCAGAAGACCAAGGAGGAGGAGGAAGAGGAGAAGGAAGCAGAACCACAGCCUGAGCCUGAGCCUGAGCCCGAGCCUGAGCUGGAGCUCGAGGCAGAACCAGGACCCCAACAAGAGGCUGAAGCAGCUCCCGAGGAGGAGGCGCCCGAGGACAUGCCCCAGCCACUGGAGGAGCCAGUCGACGGGGAAGGAGUGGCCGAGGCUGACCCAGACCAGGAGGUCCAGGAAGCUGCUCCUCCUCUGCCCACUGCCCUCCAGCCCCCAGUUCCUGUGGAUGCUCAGGUGAACAGUCCCAGAAACUGGGUGCUGACCUGGCUCUUGAAGAGCAUGGAUAAAGUCGUGCCACAGCCUGUCUGCAAUGCUAGGGGAGCCCAUAACACAGCUGCUGGAGUGGAAGACCCAGCUCAGGCCGGAGAUCAGACCCUGGGGACCUGUGGCACUGGGGAUGCAGGGUCUGCAGAUGGCUCCAAUGAGAUCCAUGACACCGGGCUCAGCCCAUGGCUGCUCAGGUGGUUGGAACAUAACCUGGAGAAAGUGCUACCUCAGCCCCCCAAGCCCUCUGAGGCCUUGAAGGCUGAGCCUGCAGAUGCUGUCUUGGACCCAGAGCCGCCAGUACUGCCCGUGGAGACUGAGCCCCCAGAGAGCCCCUCCCUACCCAAUCCUGGUGCCUUGGAACCUGAGGAGGAUCCAGCUACAGAGACCCAGCCUGGCUUACACGUCUCCUCCCUUCCACCACCCGGGGACCCUGCCAGGUUGAUAGCGUGGCUCUUGCACAGGCUGGAGAUGGCCCUGCCACAGCCAGUGCUCCACAGGAAAAUUGAGGAGCAGGAGCCUGGCUGCUCUGGGGCGUGUGACGUGCAGACCGUCAGCGUCAUUCCCAUGGAGCAAGUGGAGCCGGACCUAAUCCCUGAGGAGGAUGACCCCCACUGGGAGGACACGCAGCGAGCGGAGCCCGAUCUUGUCCUCGAGGAGGAUGACCCCCACUGGGAGGACACGCAGCGAGUGGAACCCGAUCUUGUCCUCGAGGAGGUUGACCCCCACUGGGAGGACACGCAGCGAGUGGAACCCGAUCUUGUCCUCGAGGAGGUUGACCCCCACUGGGAGGACACGCAGCGAGUGGAACCUGAUCUUGUCCUCGAGGAGGUUGACCCCCACUGGGAGGACACGCAGCGAGCAGAGCCCGAUCUUGUCCUCGAGGAGGAUGACCCCCACUGGGAGGACACGCAGCGAGUGGAAUCUGAUCUUAUCCUCGAGGAGGUUGACCCCCACUGGGAGGACACGCAGCGAGAGGAGCCCGAUCUUGUCCUCGAGGAGGAUGACCCCCACUGGGAGGACACGCAGCAGGACAACAGAGCCAGCCCCCAGGAGCAGGAGGCAGAGGUGAUUCUGGCUUAUGAAGAAGAGAGCGAAGCCAUGGUGGAGAUGCCCAGGGAGCUGCCCCAGAUUCAAGAGGAAAGAGAAGAUGAGGAGGAGGGAGAGGAAGAGGAAGAGGAAGAGGACGAGGAGAAGAGGGAGCGAAGAGAAGAGAGAGAGAGAGAGAGAGAGAGAGAGAGAGAGAGAGAGAGAGAGAGAGAGCCCCUUGGUGUGACGGGAAGCACGGAGGCGCAGUUCAUUAAGCUCCUGUCUCAGCCGCACUGGUUCAGGAGCUGCUACCCUGGCCAGGCAGAGGCUCUGGGCAUCUCCACUCCCAUGCACCGACCCCAGGCUUGGGGUGACUGCCACAGCCCCCAGCUGACCUCUGGUACCAUGGACGCCCUUGCUGACAGAGCUCAAGAGACCCAAGAUCCAGGGGCCCUGGCAGAAACCUACCCUAGCCAUUCUGUGCUCCUCUGCUUAGAGAUCGCUGGGGCUUGGGAACUUUCGAAGUUGAGGUUGCUGCUGCUUCUAGAUUGGGCCAAAGGGAGCCAUGGCAGUGUCCUGCUGGAUAGCUGUUUGGUGGUGCAGGCAGGUGUGGACCAGAGCCAAGCUGACUGGGAACAGACACUCCAGGAGCUGCCUGAGGACGUCGAGGACAUCGACUCAGCAGUGCCUGCCACGGAAGAGCACCCAGAGGUGCAAGUGGAAGACACGGAUGCUGACAACCACCCCCUCAUCUUGGAGGAAAAGUCGCUUUCGCCACCUCUGCCACCAACUUCACCAGCCACCUGUGACACCCUCGUGGUCCCUGGCUCAGCCACGGGCACCCACAGGAAGAAGCUGCCUUCUCAGGAUGAUGAGGCUGAAGAGCUCAAGGCACUGUCACCAACUGAGCCCCUGGGGGUCGCCUGGUCGGACCCCACCACCCCACAGGAGGCUGAUGGCCAGGAUCGUGCAGCCUCCGUGGCCAGCCAGAACAGCGCCAUCAUCAACGACCGACUUCAAGAGCUGGUGAAGCUGUUUAAGGAGCGGACGGAGAAGGUGAAGGAGAAGCUCAUUGACCCCGAUGUCACCUCUGACGAGGACAGCCCCAAGCCCUCCCCAGCCAAGAAAGCUCCAGAGCCACCGGCAGCCCAGAAGCCCGCGGAGGUGCAGCAGCCCGAGGAGGAAGAACACUACUGUGACAUGCUCUGCUGCAAGUUCAAGCGCAAGCCCUGGAAGAAAUACCAGUUCCCCGAAAGCAUUGACCCGCUGACCAACCUCAUGUACAUCCUGUGGCUGUUCUUCGUGGUGCUGGCCUGGAACUGGAACUGCUGGCUGAUUCCUGUGCGCUGGGCCUUCCCGUACCAGACACCGGGCAACAUCCACCUGUGGCUGCUGAUGGACUACCUGUGUGACCUCAUCUACUUUCUGGACAUCACUGUGUUCCAGACCCGCCUGCAGUUUGUCAAAGGCGGGGACAUCAUUAUGGAUAGAAAGGAGAUGCGGAAUAACUACCUGAAGUCUCGCCGGUUUAAGAUGGACUUAGUCUGCCUCCUGCCUUUGGAUUUCCUCUACUUGAAACUCGGUGUGAACCCCCUCCUUCGUCUGCCCCGCUGUUUGAAGUACAUGGCCUUCUUCGAGUUUAACAGCCGCCUGGAAGCCAUCCUCAGCAAAGCCUACAUUUACAGAGUCAUCAGGACCACAGCCUACUUGCUGUAUAGCUUACACUUGAACUCGUGUCUGUACUACUGGGCGUCAGCUUACCAGGGCAUCGGCUCCACACACUGGGUUUACGACGGCGUGGGGAACAGUUACAUUCGCUGCUACUACUGGGCUGUGAAGACCCUCAUCACCAUCGGGGGCCUGCCUGACCCCCAGACGCUCUUUGAAAUUGUCUUCCAGCUGCUGAACUAUUUCACCGGUGUCUUCGCUUUCUCUGUGAUGAUCGGACAGAUGAGAGACGUGGUGGGGGCCGCCACAGCCGGGCAGACCUACUACCGCGGCUGCAUGGACAGCACCGUGAAGUACAUGAACUUCUACCGGAUCCCCAGCUCUGUGCAGAACCGUGUCAAGACCUGGUAUGAGUACACCUGGCACUCGCAAGGCAUGCUGGACGAGUCAGAGCUGAUGGUGCAGCUUCCCGACAAGAUGCGGCUGGACCUGGCCAUCGAUGUCAACUAUGACAUCGUCAGCAAAGUGGCACUCUUUCAGGGCUGUGACCGGCAGAUGAUCUUCGACAUGCUGAAGAGGCUUCGCUCUGUUGUCUACCUGCCCAAUGACUACGUGUGCAAGAAGGGGGAAAUCGGCCGUGAGAUGUACAUCAUCCAGGCCGGGCAGGUGCAGGUGCUGGGUGGCCCGGAUGGAAAGGCCGUGCUGGUGACGCUCAAGGCUGGAUCUGUGUUUGGAGAGAUAAGCUUGCUGGCUGUUGGGGGUGGGAACCGGCGCACAGCCAACGUGGUGGCCCAUGGGUUCACCAACCUCUUCAUUCUGGACAAGAAAGAUUUGAAUGAGAUUUUGGUACAUUAUCCUGAAUCUCAGAAGUUGCUCCGGAAGAAGGCCAGGCGAAUGCUGAGAAGUAACAACAAGCCCAAGGAGGAGAAGAGCGUGCUCAUCCUCCCCCCACGUGCGGGCACCCCCAAGCUCUUUAAUGCUGCUCUUGCUGCAACAGGGAAGUUGGGUGCCAGGGGAGCCAAAGGCGGCAAGCUGGCCCACCUCCGAGCCCGCCUCAAGGAACUGGCUGCACUGGAGGCAGCUGCCAAACAGCAGCAGUUGCUGGAACAGGCCAAGAGUUCACAGGAAGCCUCUGGAGAGGGAGAGGCAGUCCCAGUGCCUACUGUGGACCAGCCAGCUCCCAGGGAGCCCCAGGAACCCCAAGAACCCCAGGGACCACCAGCCCCAAGUUCUCCACCUCCAGCUUCUUCAGGGAAGCCAGAGGGAAGCAGAGAGGAGGCGGCUGGACCUUCAGAGCCCUCCGUGCAGAUCAGGGUGAGCCCAGGCCUUGAUCCAGAUGAGCAGACACUGUCCGUGGAGAUGCCAGAGAAGAAGGAGGAAGAAGCAUAAGGAACUGCCAGCCCCUGUCUGCCUGCUCCCACCAGAACCAAGA